AUGGCCUCGUCUCCAUACUCAUUUGGCACCAAAGCCAUCCAUGUUGGCUCCGAUCCCUCUUCAGAGACUGGGGCCGUCAUUCCCAGCAUCUCCCUUUCCACAACUUACAAACAGGAUUCGGUCGGGGUUCACAAGGGUUACGAGUAUUCGCGCUCCGAUAACCCCAACCGCAACGCCCUCGAGAAGCAAUUGGCCGCCCUAGAGGCUGGCCAGCAUGCCCUCGCCUUCGCAUCGGGUUCGGCAGCGACUGCUACGGUCAUGAGCGCCGUCGGGACUGCGCACAUCAUCUCCGUAUCCGACGUCUACGGCGGUACGCACCGCUACAUGACAAAAGUCGCCAGCGAGCUCUCGAACCUCCAAGUCACUUGGCUCGACCUCGACACAGUCAGCGAGCAAACGAUUAUUGACUCUAUUCGUGAGAAUACAAAGCUUGUAUGGGUGGAAACACCGACAAACCCGACAUUGCGAGUCAUCGACAUUGCCUACGUUGCCAAUAUUCUCUCUAAUCAUCCAUCUCAACCCCUAUUGCUUGUGGACAAUACGUUCAUGUCACCCUAUUAUCAAUCUCCACUUGCGCUCGGUGCGGACAUUGUUCUCCACUCGUUGACGAAAUACGUCAAUGGCCACAGUGACGUCGUGAUGGGCGCCCUUAUCCUUCCAGAGCCAUCGCCGACCUCCAAGCCAUUGCUCGCCCCCUUCCUCUCCAAGCUCCGUUUCCUGCAAAAUGCAAUCGGUGCCGUUCCCUCGCCGUACGACUCGUGGCUUGCUCAGCGUGGUGCAAAAACCCUUUACCUGAGGAUGCGAGCACAUGGCUUGGGAGCCCUAAGCGUCGCUCAUGCUCUCGAACGCGCCAAAGCACGCGGACAAGUCAGGGACGUCAUUUACCCUGGUUUACCUUCGAGCUCGCGAUUCGACGUCGCCCGGAGGAACACGAGCGCUCAUGCAAAGGCGUGGAUCGACACCCUUCGAAAUAGCAUUGUACCGGGACUUGGUCUCGAAGAGAGUGGAAGAGGAUAUGACCCAGAGCUCGACGGUAUACCCUUUGGAGGCAUGAUUAGCUUCCGCAUCAAUGAAAGCUUGGGUGGUGUCGAGAGUCUUGUCGAGGUUCCGGAAAAGAUGACUCAUGGUGGUCUUUCGGAAGCCGAGCGAGCAAGCUUGGGCAUUGGUCCAGAUCUCAUCAGACUAUCAAUCGGAGUUGAAGACGCAGUAGAUCUGAUCGCCGACCUCGAGCGUGCCCUGGACGCUGCCAUUCCACCCGUGGAGACUUCGCCUAACGUUCCACAAUUGCGGUUCGAUAUUCAACCAAGUGAUGCUGCCUCAGAAGUCUCGGACGAAUCUCCUUUGGCCACCCGUCUUCCCUCCGCGACGCCGAGUGAAUAUGGAGAUGCAGUCAAGGAAACAUUGUAA